UUCACAUGUCUUGCUCAAUGUUUUCGUGUUAGCUCUCCUGCUGCUGUGAAGUACAGUCCACACAAAAUGGAAACGGCAGGUGUAGUAGUUAGUAUUAUAUGUCUUCUCUUUGCCUCGGUAACGUGCUCAGAGUCGUCACCCAGGCAACUGAAUACGGAAAACAUCCUGAUAAACGUGACAGCAGGGACAGUGGCGGACACACAGUUGCAGGAUUCUAACAACUUGCAGAUCAAUCUAAACAUAUCAGUGGGUGAAGAGCAGGUGCUGGUCAAUGACAUCCCAGUGGAGCUGUCAGGGGUCACCAGGUUCAACUGUCAAGCACUUCUCUUAGACAGUGUCAAUGGGAGCAGUGACUUUGAAUCUGGGGACUUGGUUUCCACUGUCACCCGGGUGAUGGUGAGCCAGAAUCGUCUCUACAGUGACUCAGAGGAGGUGGUGGCUCUGCAGGUGUUCAGUGAAGUCAUAGAGAUGGAGGGCAAAGAGGUCCAGCAGCCUGACAUGUGUGAGGUGAAAAUACUGAUGAGCCCAGAUUUCCAGAAGCUGGCUCAGUUUACCAACAUCUACCCCAUCGGACACAGUGAGAUCUUCAGGGUUCCCAGGGAGAACGAUGUGGUCGUCACAGAUCCACCAAAUCCCAGAAAAGAUGAAGAACAGCUGAUCACCCAGACCACCAGCCAGUACCCCCUGAAGCACACAGAGACCACCCAGGAGGAGACUGCAGCCCCAGGAAAGCUCCCAGAGACUCCGCUCCGCAUGGACCCAGACCUGCUGUAUGAUGUCAGAUACGAUGAUGAGUUUGAUGACAGAGAGCCGAGCCAGCCGGAUCAGAUUCAGAUGGAGACUCCACCUAAAGAAAUCAUAUCAUCUUACUCUGCCAUGUGUCAGUGGGUGGAGGAAGUCAGAGAGCGUCUGAGGCGCUUCAGCUCUGAGUCGCUGCCUCUGUUCUUCCUGAUCAUGUGGGUGGUGGUGAUCGGCGUCGUCGGAUCAGCAGUCAUUGUCAGGAUCUUGGACAUGUUCUUCCCAACUUGUGAACACAAGCACAUUUUUCACCUAAACCCUGUCACUCUCAUGCCGGAGGAUGAGAAGCACACUCUGCUGGAGAACGUAGAAAUAGAGGCAGAAGAAGAAGAAGCAGCAGAGAAGAAGCCUUGAGUGAGGAUGACUUGGCCGGCUCCUUUAUUUUCAGUUUGUUCUUAUUUGUUCUUUGGUUACUGUUACACUUUCAGCAUGGCCUGGUUUUGUCGCUAGUUUAUAUUCCGAUUUGUAAAGCAGUUUUUUUUUAAACUUCAGUUUGCCCUUUAAGCACAAUGGCCGUGGAGCAGGAGAUGGUUUAAAGCCAUUUGACUGACAAAACUCAAUUUGUUGCCAGUCCACUUCAAAUUCAAUCACGUGAUCAAAAUGGAAAAGAGAGUGAGUGAUUCAUCGUGCUGAGUCUCAGCUGUGAAGGCGCUGAGAGCUGCCGGAUCGAGUGUUGGUAAUCUAGCAGUGUGUCAGCCUGCGUCCGUGCUGUCAGCUCAGUGUUGCACAGAAAACUCUUUGCUCCUGUGAUUGGUCAGAUAGAGUUUAUGGAAAGCCACUUGAACCAAGUCACACAUGACUGUACUUUGUUACUUGUCUUUUAAAGUAACUAGCAAUGUAACAAGUUACUUCUUAGAAGAAAUGACCUGAUUGAGUACUUCUGCUUCACCCUCUUCCAAAACCUGCCGUAGCAACACGGGUUGUUCUUUCAGAUUUGUCGUCAAUAUUGUUUUAAAAUGUAAAGCAAGAAGCAAGUGUCAUAUAGAUCUAUAAGUAGGCAUGGGGCGAUAGAACAAUGUCAUGGCACGAUUUUCCGAACCAAAAUAAUUGUGAUUUACAUUAUUAUCCCGAUAAUCAUCAAAAUAUGUUUAAAACUCUGAAAAUUGCACUUAAAACAUACUCUCUUGAAUCUCUUUACCUUACAUUUUGAAAUAUAUAUAUAUAUAUAUAUAUGUAUUUAUUUCAUCACAGAUGCAUCUUUUUUUAAUGAUCAACCUUUUUUGUGAAGAACAAUCUUUAAAAGCCAGGGUUUUCAACUUUUAAAAUGGCAUCACAUCUUUCAAUUUGAAAUGCACCAAUGCUUGAUUAAGUUCACUUGGGUUUUUUGAGGUUUGUGUGUAUUAGGGAUCGACUGAUAGGGUUUCUUCAGAGCUGAUUCUGAUACCGAUUAUUAGUAAUCAAGGACACGGCCAACAGCUAUUUGGAACUGAUAUAUAUUUGAAGUAAAAAUGAAAUCUUAAUCUCAAUAGUUAACAUAAUACGAACUCCACAACUUCAACACAAAGCUUUGUUUAAAUGCCUUAAAGCAAUCUAUGUUCAGUUUCUUUGCUUGCAUUGCAGUCUUGUCUUCCCUGGUGUUAGUAUGUGUAAUACUCCAAUGGGCCGACUGCACUUUUAGAAACUUUUCUGCAGGGCAACAGAGCAGCUACAGUGUCUGUCCUUGCCAACUGUGGUGCAGUACUACUCAGCUAUCACUAGUGCUGUGGGCUGGACAUUGAGCGAGUGGUGACUGCAGACAGAGGCAGGCGGCCACAUCAGAGCCACAGUAGCGCAUUUUUCAGUUAAUUUAUUCAGUCGCUUUUCAGAUGAAAAAAAGAACGAUUCCAGUGUUCUUAAAAAUGCACAAUAUCAAUUGAUACUCAGUGCGUAUGCCAGUUUUUGCGGAGUCUCUUUUAUUGUUGGACAUGAUAUUCACGAUCAUCCCAAUAAUGGAAAUUCAGCACCAUAAAUUCAGUGGGGUUUUUUUUCUUUUAAAUCACAAUCUGCGAUAAAAUCCAGUAUCGUCCUAUCCCUAUUUAUAAGAUCUGUAAGUGUUUUUUAUUGCAUUCUUGACUUUGGAAAUACCACUUGACAAAACAAUCUCACCACAAAAUCCUUGUAUCAGCCAUUUCUAUGGAGAUCACGUAAUAUCAAUGAAGGCUUAGAAUUCAAAGGAAUAGUUCAGAAAUUCGGGACAUAUGCUUAUUGGCUUAUUGAUCGAUAGGACGUAAGGAUUACGUUAACGACUUUCUCUGGAUCAGUGACUCAGAUACUUUGAACCAACUCAAAUACAAAGUGUAGACGAGACAUCCUCAUAGUCCUAAAAAAUGGCAGGUUUUGAGGACACAGAAGAAGAGCAUGUAGAAGCACUGUAGGUUUACCAGAUGAAUAUGAACAAACUGAACACUUUAGGGGCUGCAUUCAAUGAUUAACAGUCUUUAUGUUCACUGAAGAGACUUUCUCUACGUAGCAGUCGCGCACAGGUCACCCUUUCUUCUCACAGUUUUUUCCUCCGAAGUUAACCCCCACUGCUGACAAAAAAUGUGAAGAAAACUAAGGCAGCAAAUGCACUAUGACGAGUUUAUACAACAUAUUUAACAUGAGGCAGGCAAUGUCUCCUAUGCGUCAUCCUUUAAGUGAAGACGAAAAAGCUGUUACA